CCCUUAAACCCCUCCCUUCUGGGCUCACUUUCUUUAGGGAGAAAUCAAGUUUACUAAAGUUGUGAGUGGUUUAUACGUGAGUUUUAGGCCGUAACUUUAAGAAUGAUUAGGGAUGUACUUGAGGAAAUCUUGUCGAACUGAGUGUUGGUGAAAAACCCCAUUGAUUUUUUAGGUUUUAUCAAUAACCAGUGCACAAUAUUCAGGUUGAAAAACGAUAGUGAAAAUAACUUCACACUCCUCUCUCUUGAAGUAGUCUGCAUGUUAUUUUCAAAAUAGUGAAACGAGGAAGGGCGGCUCUUCCCGGAGUUCGACACUCAUUAAUUACAGGCUGGCCGGAUGGUUGUGAUCGAAUUUGACCUACCCCGAUCCGUCUCUCUCUCCGCACUGGACGAAAACAAUGUGACCCUCAAAGAUUCCCCCGAAAAUGGGGGACAGGAAUCCAACAAGAUGGUUCCUAGAGCUACACUUAUCUGCCGACCAAAUUCACAUCCUUUCCAGGAGAGAAAUCUCAGCCUGGAGAGUGCCAUGAAAGUUGGGCGGUCAGUGGCUAGAGUGAAGCCUGCUGUUAACAAUGCCAUAUUUGAUUGUAAAGUAUUAUCUAGGAAUCAUGCAUUGUUGUGGUAUAAAGAUGGAAAGUUUUAUUUACAAGACACCAAAAGUAGCAAUGGAACAUUUGUGAACAAUCAAAGAUUAAGUAAGGGAUCUGAGGAAUCAGUACCAAGAGAAGUGUGCUCUGGUGAUAUAGUACAGUUUGGGGUAGAUGUUAUGGAAAAUUCAAGAAAAGUUACUCAUGGUUGUAUUGUAGCUACUGUAAAGUUAUAUUUACCUGAUGGCAAAGAAGCCAAAGCCAGUCCUUCAACAGGCAUCCAAGAAGAAGAAGAUAGUUGUGAACUUGGCAAACAAGAUCUCUACCAACUCAACCAAUGGAUACAGGAAGCGGUUAUUCGAGAACAAGUUUUAGAAACGAAAUUAGGAUCCUUGCAGCGUAUUGUGAGCGCUACGCGUGAAGCAGCUGAAAUGGGCUGGACAGCAUUGAUGGAGGAAGACAGACUAUUAACUCGGAUAGAAUCGCUUGAAAAUCAACUUGUCGUUUCAUCGAAAAACUUUCACGAGGAUAAACUACGAGAGGAGAUCCGAAAGUUGUAUGACGAGAAAAACAUUUAUCAGGAUGUUUCUAAAGAAUCUUUGCGGAAAGUGCUCACGGAAAAGAUGGAGAUUAAAAAAUUGCAGGAAACCGAACGAUCGUUGAGUAAUGCCGAAGACGAACGCGACAAUAUGAAAGAAUUAAAUGAUAAGUUGAAUGAACAAAUAUUAGAACUGGCUGAGAAAUUCGAAAAGGAAUCAGACGAGUUACAAUCGUGCAAGAGAAAAUUGCAGGAGGCAGACAACCAACAACUUCGUCAUGAACAGGAAAUGCAGUCGCGACAAGACGCACUUCGUGAAGCUCAAGAAAAAGAAACGGUUCUUUUAGCCCAGGUGGAGAGCAGGCAGGCGGAAAUCGAUUUCACCAAAGAGCAGCUCGCAAAUCUAAGACUACGUCUUGAUUCAAUGAAAGUAGCAGAAGAACUAAAGAAAGAUGAAAAUGAAAUCGGCGGAGAUGAAGUUGAAGAUAAGAGUAACAAUGUCAAAGAAAAUCAAACUGAAACGUUGAGACAACGUGUGGUCCAACUUGAGUCACAACUUAAAACAUCACUCGCAAAAAAUCUGAAUGGAGAAUUCGUCCCAGAUCCUAUUGGAUACAAGUCAAAAGAAGUUGAUCGUCUACAAGGUCGAUGCACGUGGGAUUGUUAUCUUUACCGCAGGCAAUUGGCAUGUUGUAGUGUAAUUUUAAAAGAGCUUUUGGAAGAAACGCGCGCCAAGUGCCGAGUACUCGAGUCAGAAGUUGAGAGGCGGCAGCUGGAGGCACAGGAUGGCUGGUCCGCUGCUGCUCACCUACAACAAUACUUUAGAAAUCUGCACAAUAUUCUCAAAGGCUCGUCCGAGCAAGAUGAGGAAUUCACCGAUGAACCGUCCGCGCUGGCUGAGCUCGUCCGUACCAGUAUCGUUUCACUAAACAAUGAGUACCAAGAACUUCGAGAAACAAAUGCGAAAAACAAGGACCUCAUUUCGUUACUGACACUGCGGCUGAGCAAUUACGAGAAGGAAGAGCAGCGUGCACAACACACUGCUAACCAAAAAGGUCUGACGUCCGAGAUGGAAUAUCUCAGGGAUGAAGUCGCUAUCCUCACCAUCCAAUUAAAAGAGAUGGAAGUGUCCAGGAUAGAACAAAUCGAGGAACGCCAGAAAUGGCAGCGGGCCUACCAAUCGCUUGCGCUCAGCGUCGAGAAUCGAGACAGUGGUGUGGCCAGCGGAUUUAGCAGUCCAGUCAAUAAUCCCCCUAGCUCCCGUGAUCCUGAAAUGAGAGAUUCAGGCAUUCGGGAACUGAAUUCGGCUGACGACCUUAUUGCCGAUGAAUCCACAACCACUCAGCAGUUGUCUGAGGUACAGAGGGAACUUGAAACAUUAAAGCGCCACUACGAUAAUGUACAAAGCGAGAAAAAACAACUGGAGGAGGAAUUUUCCCAGUUAAAGGACAAUUACUCAUUGCUAUCUUCUCAGUCGAAAACGGCGACGGCGUUAUGUCUUAUGCCCUUGCUCGUACUCUUCAUCUCGUUCUUCCUGGCCUUCUACCGCUUCUUCUCACGGUUGACGGCCACCUUCGAACCCUGAGAGAUUAGUCGGACAACAGGAAGAAAGAGACAAUAACACAGCAAACAUCAUCAAUUGUUAUUUCCUGUCCCAUCUUGUCGUUGAAAGCUCUUUUUAUUUUUUGUCCCCACUUUAUUCUUCCUACGCAAAUGGCGGAAUAAGCAGACAAUGUGCUUUUCGUUUCUUUCUCUCUUUUGGAACAUUUUGCUAGCAGCAGCAGCUUUUUAUUUUACCAAGUGCCAUCAAUAUGACAAAAGAGUGAUGUCAUAACUAGUGUGUGUGUUUUCGUCAGCGCUACAGAAAAUGGCUUAGUCUCCUUUCUGUGUGUAACACGUACAACGUCGAUGGGGGAGGGUGAGGACGAAGAGCCGGAAUCCUCCACCUGAACCUAACAGGACCUGUGCAGAGUUAUUUUUUCUUUUCAUUUAGCUAUGUCUCUAUCUAUGGUUUCCCACUGUCACACAAAAAUACGCACCCCUCCGAAGAAUGUUGUUCCUCUUGUUUGUUUUUUUUUUUCAAUUGCAUAGUUUUACGGCAUAGUUGGGGGUGCAAUAAUAGGCUCCCGAAUGAAAUUUCCUUUUUCUUUCUUGCGUUCUACCUCUUGUCUAUCCACGAGCUCAUUAUCGCCGAUAUCUUUCUCUUAUACGUGUGAGAAAAAAGUAUAAAUUUCGUCAACGACAUUCAUUUCAGCUUCGCGCGUCUUCGAUUUGAUAAAAGAAACAAGGAGAGGAUCGUAUAUAUUAUUGAUUGAUGGAUCACUGAUUUAUUCUGUGCUACUCCCUUUCUUUCUCCUUCUUCCGGGCUUUGGCAACAUGGAGACGGAACCAUGAAAAUUCCGCUACACUGAUGCAGACUCUGGAGCAGGAGUUGAUUUUUAUUUCCCCCUCCAAACUGAUAACAAACAAACAUGUUCUUUGUUUUGUAGUCUAGUCUUCAACGGAUAUUGUACACACCCCAUCACUUCUUUCUUUACCCCACCUGUCUCGAUGCCCUGUGUCCUGUUAUUUAACUCGUACUUUAAAUCAGAAAACAAAAUUAGAGAAAGAGCAAAAAAAAAACAAAACAACUAACAAGACAAUACAAUACUUUGUUUUUUGUU